ACUAUCACUGUUCAUCUCUAUUUCCACGUUACCUUCUCCACCAAUGCAGCUCUUCUACAGUUUCAAGUCAAACGGGGAAGUUGCCUGUGUCGGAGAAGAAACUUUUCCGGAAAAAGAAGGUGGCUGCUCAACAUCCAUUUAACCCCGUCAGAAGAGCUCCUUGUCUUGUUUCUCAUAAAGUUAAACCUUCGAUGGGCAAAUAUGUGUUUGUGAAGCCUACACGAAAAAGGAUUACUUGCAUGCAGAAGGAAAAUACUAUCAACAAGAAGCCCAAAAGAGAAAGUUGUCCUCCUAUGAAGGUAAAAAUUGAAGUUGACGAGAUGCGGAUAACAUGCUAUGAUGAAAUGAUGGAGAAAAAUGUUGAGUCUUCACAUGCGGGUAGUGACAAAACCAAAUCCUCUCCCCAGGAAAACAGGAAGCAGAUAAUGUGCUAUAGCAAAAAUGUGGAGACAAGUAGUGAUUCUUCAAUGGCUGGUUCUGAUAAAGCAAAGUCCACCGCCCUGUUGGACAGAGCAAAUGAAUUUGUAGCAAAGUUGCCAUCAGAUGAUCCUAACUUUGUGAAGCUGAUGCUUCCAUCACAAGUUAGUGGCGGAUUUUGGUUGCAAUGGCCUAAGGAUUUCUGCCAAAAACACAUGCCCAAGAAAGAUGAAUACAUUGUUUUGUUGGACGAGAAUGAAAAAGAAUAUGACAUCAAAUAUCUUGCACAGAAGAGUGGAUUGAGUGGAGGAUGGAGAGGUUUCUCCAUUAAACACCAAUUAUCUAAAGGAGAUGUGCUAAUUUUCCAAUUGGUCGACUCUAACAAAUUUAAAUUUAAGGUUCAUAUUUUCAAAGCUAAAGGAGGCUCAAGAAAACUUGAAAGGGACAAUGGCCUUUUGAACUCAGAAGGCAAAGUUGCAUCAGAAAUUGCUAAGGAUGUGAAGGAAACUGAGAGUUUCAACAUUCUUUGGAAUGGUGAAGUCAUAGACUCAGAGAUAUCCGAGCAUGUUCGAAGCCAAUACUAUCAAUUGUGCUGCAGUCAAAAAUCAGGUCUUCAUGAUGGUCUUGUCAAAUGCAUAGAUAAGAAGUUGGCUGCUGGCAUAAUAUCUGAAACCGUAAAGAUUGCUGAUGCCAUUAGAGCUGCCGAGAUUACUACCACCUCGUGCAAUGAUGUCCAACGUUGGGACCAAACUCUCAAGGGCUUCGAAGGAAUGGGCAUGAAUGUUGCAUUUCUACGUGCAGCUAUAAAGAACAUACUGGACUCCAUCCAGCGCAAACAACAGGAGAAGAUUAAACGAAAGACAAAUGAAAGAGCUCAAGCUGAGAAGGAGAUGAGAAAUCUUGAAACCCAACUUGCGAAUGUGAAAAAGAAGAUCAGAGUUCUGGAUGAUGAAAUCAAUAAUGUUCUUAGAGCACAAAAUGAAAAGCACGAGCACUCGUUCAAGGAAGCUGCUAGUGCUCCCUCAUGAAUGUUGCUAUCAUGAUAUAAAAAUUGAUACUCGUGAGUUCUGAUACAAAAGACUAGCUUGGAUGGAUGAGAUUGGAAUAUGUUAUUCGAAUCGCUGUUUAAUGACUGCUGAUUCAAGCCUGAAUGUAUCUUCUGGUAUAAAAAAGUUAAAA